AUUAGUAGCAAAAGGAUAGUGCUAUUCGUCUGCACCUCACAUCUUUGAUCUUUUUACCAUUUCCGAAGGAAUCACGGAACUGAAACCCUGAUCGCACGCGUCAUGCUAACUCCUAAAUAAAGCAAACACCUUCCUCGGCAAACGACAACGCACAACUCAUCUCCUACUUCCUUGCCGCUCUUCUCUCCGAAUAAAUUCCUCUCCUUUUUCCUAUCUAUCCAACCUACCCAUCAAAGUUAUACACACACUUUCCGAGUUUCCACAAUCCCACUCUCUUUCUCGUUUUUCUCGUCCAUUUCUUCGCCUACUCAGGUCUGUGACAGUGGUUGGGUUUCAGACUUUUGGAUGAUCUAUUACUAGACAUCUUUGUGAAAUUUGAAAUGUAAAACGCCACUGAUCUGGGUUGGUGAAGAAUAACCACAGCUUAUGAAAAAAGACAUGGAGGUCGAGAGGAUGAGGCAGCUGUUUUUCCUUUGGUAUAGAAUCCGACGCACCCGUGUGGCCCUCGUGGGUGGUAACCACACUGCAUCCAGAUUUUGCACCCGUUAGAGUCCAUUUCUUUCCACUGUUUUCCUCAUAAUCUUCAACGUUUUGCACCUGGGUGUUCUCCCAAUUGGAGAAUCAAGCUCUUGUUCACAUAGAUCGGAUUUCGAGUUUCUGAGAACGUCUUCUGUUUAUAGAAUUUGAGCACAAAGGUCAAGGAAGUCAUGGAAUUGGCUCGUGGGCUUGGAGCCAAGACCGAAAACAAAAUGAAGCACUUGAAUGUUGGAAGAACGGGUAUCAAUUCCGAUACCCUAAUGGUGAUUCAGCUUCCCGAUUCACGGGUUUUGCGCGUUCUUUCUCGGUCAGUGUUCUUGGCAUUGGUUAUACUCACGUUGCCUUACGUCGUAUCUAUUAUCAGAGAACGGUCUGAAGCUAACAGUGGAUCUGAUGCGAUCAAUUCCAAUUUAUUGACUUCUGUUUUCCGAGAUUUGGCCAGUGAAGGCCUAUUGAGAAAGAACGAUAAGGCUCUCAUUGUGUGCCCCGGCAUCGCGAGAAUGAUUCAUAAUCUGCAGCAGCAUUUUCACAAUGGCGUGAUCGACGUGGUAAUGGAUUCUGAUCUGAAGGGACAAAACUCGAUCUCGGAAGAGGCAUUUGAUUUCGUGUUCACAUCCAGUAUCGUGGACACUAAAUUUGUCGACCGUGUUGUGAAGACUGGUGGAAUUGUGGCUGUUCCAUUGAGCAAUAACCCCAAAACCGGUUUCCGAAAGCAAUCUAAUUAUAGGAUCGUUUAUCUUCGGCGCUAUGAUUCCACCAUUAUGGCAUUAAGGAAAGUUGGUCCGUCCAAUGAGCAGGUGGAGUCCUCCACAAGGCGGCGCCUUUGCCAAAUGGCGUCGGAGGCCAAGAAGGCCAAGUUAGAGAGCCUUGAAGAUGUAUUGCUGGAGCCACCGAGAAGGGCUUUAAUGAAAUCAACCAAUUACUUGAAGAAAAUCAGGUUCCUGUCUGACUUGUUGGGGGAUACUCUUGAAGAUUAUAAGCGAAGAGUUUUCAUUGGUGUGGGCUUGGCUGAAGAGAAUAUCGGUGUAACUGAAUGGUUUCGGCAGAAUUAUCCAAAGAGGAACCAAGAAUUUGAGGUUUACAAUCUUGACCAGCCAGUGCCUGAAGAAGGGUUGAGCAGGGUGGCGGUUUCCGGCGUGGAGGUUUCAGAUUGGUUAAUGAAGAAUGUGAAGGAAGAGGAGUAUGUGGUGAUGAAGGCAGAAGCAGAAGUGGUGGAGGAGAUGAUAAAGAGUAGGAGCAUCUGUUUGGUGGAUGAAUUGUUUUUGGAGUGCAAGAAUCAAUGGUGGAAGGGUGGAGUGAGAGAUAAGGGCAAGAGGGCUUAUUGGGAGUGCUUGGCUUUGCAUGGAAGGCUGAGGGAUGAGGGAGUUGCAGUACACCAAUGGUGGGAUUGAGACUUGAGAGAGUGUGAGGUAUAUACCGAGUAGCCAUCUCCAUGGUGUGAUGGAUGUAAGAGUCCUCUGGGUUAUUUUUUUCAUUUGGUUGUGUUUUGUUUUGUUUUGAAUAAUCAUUUGGUUGAGUUGACACUGGAAUGCAAGGUGGUAUACUAAUGUAAUACAUGGAUAUCUGUGGUGCUUGAUCCACUUGUGUGUGGGGAUUAAAGUGGAGACUGUUUCUUUCU